AUCAAAAUAGUUGAGACCUGAGAGAGUAAGAACUCCCAAGUCUACAAAAGCAACGAAAAUUCUACCACACCCAGAGUCGCUGACUCACACUCAGACCCCCCGAUCCUGAAAACGAAAAGCAAACGAAACAGAAACACUGAAAUCAGAUCCAAAGACCCAAACGCAGUUCCUUCCUGAAAUGGGUUUUGCAGCGCGUGAUCUUGGAGGUUCCAUUUGAAAUGCAGCAGAAUCUGUUUCCCUUCGGCCGCGUUUUGGGAAAUCCGUUUUUGUUCAAUGGCGAUUUGAGCGAGGGCUUGGAGAGUCCUGGGGUUUUGUUCUUGGUCCCCUUUUUGUUGUUCCAAGGUGGUGAGAUGGAUUUGUCUAAGGUCGGCGAGAAAAUUCUGAGCUCCGUUAGGUCUGCCAGAUCGCUUGGCCUUCUUCCUUCUGCUUCUGAUCGCCCCGAGGUUCCCGCGCGAGCUGCGGCUGCUGCAGCUGUUGCUCGUGCUAUUGCCGGACUGCCUCCACACCAAAGGUUUGGUCUCUCAUCAAGCUCUCAAGAACUGAGCUCAAUAUAUGGAAGCACACCGCAAGGUCCAGUAGUGGAGGAGAUAGAGGAAGAAUUUUAUGAAGAGGAUUUUGAUCCAGUUAGACAUAUUCUGGAGCAUAUUCCAUCUGAAGAAAAUGAACUGACUUAUUUUGAGAGACAGGCCACUCUUAGAUUAGCACAACUGGAUAGAGUAGCAGAACGUUUAUCCCGCAAUGUUAUGGAACAUCACGAAGUUAUGGUGAAGGGGAUGCAUUUAGUCAGGGAAUUGGAGAAAGACUUGAAAGUUGCAAAUGUCAUUUGCAUGAAUGGACGACGUCAUCUUACCUCAUCAAGGAAUGAGGUUUCUAGAGAUCUCAUCGUGAAUUCCAAUUCCAAAAAGAAACAAGCUCUUCUGGACAUGCUUCCUGUGUUAACUGAGCUUUGUCAUGCAUCGGAAAUGCAAGCAGAACUUGAGAAUCUUGUUGAGGAAGGAAAUUACUGCAAGGCCUUUCAAGUCCUGUCUGAGUAUUUACAGCUGUUAGAUAGUUUUUCAGAACUUUCUGCAGUACAAGAGAUGAGUCGUGGUGUAGAGGUUUGGCUGGGAAAAACUCUUCAAAAGCUGGAUUCAUUGUUGCUAGGAGUGUGCCAGGAGUUCAAAGAGGAGGGCUAUAUAACUGUGGUUGAUGCUUAUGCACUAAUUGGGGAUAUCUCUGGUCUUGCUGAGAAGAUACAAAGUUUCUUUAUGCAGGAAGUUCUCUCAGAAACCCACUCUAUAUUGAAGAAUAUUGUGCAAGAGGAUAAGGGAGUUCACAUGCAAAAUAGUCGACUUACCUACAGUGAUCUAUGCCUUCAGAUACCUGAGCCUAAGUUUAGGCAGUGUUUGUUAAAUACGCUAGCUAUCCUAUUCAAGUUGAUGUGUUCAUAUCAUGAAAUCAUGGGAUUUCAGCUGGGUAAUAAGGAUGCAGCAAGUAAAGCUUCAAGCAUGACGCAUAAGGAAAGUGAAAUCUCUCAGACUCCAGGAGGGGUUCAUCAAAUUUUGUCUCCUUGCUCUUCCCAAAAAGUUAAUGGCUCUCUCUUAGAAUCUGUAGAUAUAAUGCACGAUUCAUCUUACAUAGAGGAAUCUACAAAUACCAGCUCUUCAAUCGAGUCUACUGGAAACACAUCUUCGAUGUGUACUAGUUCUGGCGAUUUAGUUGAUGAGGCUAGGAAGGAUGACAAUGCAGCAUCAACAAGUGGAUCCCCAUGGUACCAACUGCGGAAAGAUGCCACAGCAUUUGUUUCACAAACCCUUCAGAGGGGACGCAAAAAUCUUUGGCAACUUACAACUACUCGUGUAUCAGUCUUGCUUUCUUCUGCUUCAGUUUCUUCUGCUAGUAUACACCAAUUCUUGAAAAACUAUGAAGAUCUGAGUGUCUUCAUCUUGGCUGGAGAAGCAUUUUGCGGAUUUGAAGCGACUGACUUCAGGCAGAAGUUGAAGGCAGUUUGUGAAAAUUAUUUUGUAGCUUUUCAUCGGCAGAAUAUACAUGCGCUUAAAAUGGUGUUGGAAAAAGAAAUUUGGUUGAUAAUGCCACCAGAUACGGUACAACAAAUUACAUUUCCUGGGCUUCUUGGUGAUGGAGCACCUCUAAUUGUUCCAUCUGAUGGUAACUCUACAAAUGCCAGGGUUCUACAUUCUGACAAGUCUACCAAAUUGGUUGAUACUGGUAUGAAGAAAUGCGGGUUCUCUAAUUGGCUUAGAAAUGGAAACCCAUUUUUGAUAAAGCUGACACAUACUUCCAAAGAAGGUCUUAAAUGGAAUGGUGCCAUUUCUAGUGAAAUUGAUGGAAAUUUUAGUGAAAGGCUUGGUGAUAAGGUCUCUCCACGAAAGAGUGAUGGAAGUCAUUCAAAUGGUGCUAAUUCUGUUCUGGAAGAAGAAAAUGAAGAUCUUCUUGCAGACUUUAUUGAUGAGGAUAGUCAACUCCCAAGUCGAAUUUCCAAACCCAAACUCCUGAGAAAUCAAUCCUCACAUUAUAAUGAUGGAGAUAUAAUAGCCCAAACUGGAUCAUCCAUUUGUCUUCUAAGGUCAAUGGAUAAAUAUGCCAGGCUUAUGCAGAAAUUAGAAAUAGCUAACGUUGAGUUCUUCAAGGGGAUAUGCCAGUUGUUUGAGGUAUUUUUUCAUUUUGUAUUUGAAACAUUUGCUCAGCAAAACAGCAAUUCAGGUGGAAAAGGCUCACCUGAUCCUAUUAAUUAUCGGCUGAAGACAGCGUUGUCCAGAAUACAACAGGACUGUGACCAGUGGAUAAGGGCCCCAUCAUCUUCACCCACAUCUUUGAAUUCAGCAUUUGCACACACAGACAUAACACCUAUGAGUCCUCCCAGUACAAACUUUGGUAACACACCAGGAACAUCCAUCGGUCUCAAGGAAAGAUGCGCAGGUGCUGACACCAUCUCACUUGUUGCUCGAAUGUUGCAUAGAUCCAAGGCUCAUCUCCAGACAAUGCUUCUUCAAAAUAAUGGUGCUGUAGUUGAAGACUUCUAUGUGCAUCUGGUAGAUGCUGUACCGGAUCUUAUAGAGCACAUUCAUAGGACAACAGCAAGACAACUGCUCCAUAUUAAUGGUUAUGUUGAUCGGAUUGCCAAUGCAAAAUGGGAAGUAAAAGAGCUUGGCUUAGAGCAUAAUGGGUAUGUUGACUUGUUGUUGGGAGAAUUUAAGCACUAUAAAACAAGGCUUGCUCAUGGGGGAAUUCGCAAGGAGGUUCAAGACCUCCUCUUAGAAUAUGGGCUUAAAAUUGUUUCCCAGACUCUCAUUGAAGGCCUCUCACGUGUUAAGAGGUGUACGGAUGAAGGACGGGCUCUCAUGUCAUUAGAUCUUCAGGUUUUGAUCAAUGGCCUCCAACAUUUUGUCUCCAUGAACGUGAAGCCCCACUUACAAAUUGUUGAAGCCUUCAUCAAGGCAUACUAUCUUCCAGAAACGGAAUAUGUGCACUGGGCACGUGCUCACCCGGAAUACACAAAAAAUCAAAUUGUUGGGUUGGUCAACCUUGUUGCCUCUAUGAAAGGUUGGAAGAGAAAAACCAGAUUGGAAGUGCUGGAAAAGAUUGAAUGAGCAUGUAACUUUGGAUCACUGUGGUAGGUUUAAUCAUAUAGAACCUCACACUCGUUGCUUGUCACUCUCACGUUUGCACUUAAUUUUUCCAAUGAGCUAUGUAUAUUUUAAUUUUUCUUCAUGAUGCACUGUAAAUGUUGAUCCAGGUUGUAUAUCUUCCUCGUGUCUCAGUUUGUGUAAUCUAUUGCCAUCCCUUGUAGGGACGAUUAAAUGUAUUUUUUGGAUCACUCGAGUCUUGAAAUAAUGGAGAUAUAUCAAGAGAAAAGAAAAUACAAUUGGAAUCAUAGGCUUA